AGACUGAGGAGGCUCGAGUCGGACCAAGUUGCCUUAACCGACCUCCACUUUUCUCGGACAAACGACCGGAACAUCAUCAAAGCCUGCAGCUCCGAUGGCUUCGUCAUGACAAAGCAGAGAUUUGAAGACGAUAAACGCUGAAGAGUCAUGACGUAGAACAGGAGGAGGAAGAUACAGGACAAAAAGGAUGUGAAUUAGACAUUUACAGAACCGUCUGUUUACCUGCUGGUGUGGUUUUUUAAAUUAAGGCAUCAGAAAGUUAAUCAAACCCGCAGCUGAACUUUUUUCUAAUGACUGAGACUGUUGCUCUGAAACAUUUCAACACAGCAUCAGAAUCUCUUUUUCAAGCCGACAAUGUAGAAGAAGACGGUUCAUAGGGGGUUGUUCAACAAGACGAAUACGAUUGUCUUCUACCGACAGGGAAUCUUUCAAAAAGGGAUCAAACUGUUUCUCGCUUUUGUAAAAUCAAGGACUGACAGCAAAUACGAUUGUGUCAUAGGAAUAAAAAGGGCAAAAACUACUGAGACAAACAUCGACGAACGUCAAGAAAACUGGACAUUCUUCUGGAUUUUUGAGGUCCAGAAGUUGGAAUCAAAAAAAAGGGUUCGGACACUCGGUCAAAGCUGGAUUUAGGGGAACCACAGGUGGAAUCGUUUUGGACUUUAGGAGCCGAACCAGAGCGAGAUUCCACCAUGAAUCACCUCCACGCCGGUCUGAGCUCCGAGACGAUGGAAAAGGCUCGAUUGGAGCUGAACGAGAACCCGGAUACUCUUCAUCAGGACAUCCAGCAGGUUCGGGACAUGAUUGUGACGCGACCGGACAUUGGAUUCCUGCGAACAGACGAUGACUUCAUCCUUCGCUUCCUCAGAGCCAGGAAGUUCGACCAGGUGGAGACCUUCAGACUGCUGGCCCAGUACUUCCAGUUCAGACAGCAGAACCUCGACAUGUUCCAGAGCUUCAAGGUGGAUGAUCCCGGCAUUAAGCGAGCAUUGAUGGACGGUUUUCCAGGCGUCCUGGAGACUCCGGACCAACAUGGCCGAAAAAUCCUCAUCCUGUUUGCUUCCAACUGGGACCAGAGCAGGAACUCCUUCACCGACAUCCUGAGAGCCAUCCUGCUGUCUCUGGAGGUUCUCAUCGAGAACCCGGAGCUGCAGAUCAACGGCUUCAUCCUCAUCAUCGACUGGAGCAACUUCUCCUUCAAACAGGCCUCCAAGCUCACACCCAACAUCCUGAAGCUGGCCAUAGAAGGCCUCCAGGACAGCUUCCCGGCUCGGUUUGGAGGAAUCCACUUUGUGAAUCAGCCGUGGUACAUCCACGCCAUGUACACCAUUAUCAAACCCUUCCUCAAAGACAAGACCAGGAAAAGGAUCUUCCUCCACGGUAACAACCUGAACUCACUCCACCAGCUCAUUCAGCCCGAGUGUUUGCCGUCGGAGUUCGGCGGGACGCUGCCGCCGUACGAUAUGGGGAUCUGGGCGCGAACGCUGCUGGGACCCGACUACAACGACGAGACUGAGUACACGCUAACCUACGACGCCCUGCACGUCCGGGAGAACUGUGGAGGAGACAAGGACCUGAUGAAGAGGUCUCAGUCAGCGGUGGAACCAGGAACUCUCCGACAGACGGACCGGGAGACGAGCACACCGCUGCUGGCUCUGGACUGAACACACGACACACUUCUUGAAAACACACUUUAAACCACAACCAGCACCAGCUGUGUGUUAAUCUGGUGGAUUUGUCCUUCUGUCCCGUUGACCUGACGGCGACCGAACCCACUGAACAGGACUCACACAGACAUCUGUACUUCUACCUUUGUGAGGACUGCCAUUAACAUAAUGCAGCGUCCAGCAGAAUGAUAUCAUACUAGCUGUUAUUAAGGUUUAAAGAAGAGUUCUGGGUCAUCGUGUUUAAAACCAACCAAAUCUGCAGAAGGUUCCCUGAGAACAGGCUGUUUUUUAAUCUACAUUAAGUAUAUUUAAUGAAGUCAUGCAAUAUACAUAGAGGUGUUGUUUAAAUGGACUUUUCCCAUCAUUUCUGAGCCUCAGAACUUCAUCAGUACAGCAGAUGACAUUUUAGGAGGAAAAACACACUAAAAGUUGACACCAGAUCAGUUUUACAACCAUCCAGAUGUCACAAUCUAAAGACUAAAUCUGGUUUUUGUUCAAUUUGGACAAUUUUAGAAACAGUUGGACAGUUUUCAUGUCGUUCUGAAGUACAUUUUAACCAUUUUGGAUCAUUUUAAAUCACGUUUUGGUCCAUUUUUUGACAAUCAUGAGUCAUUCAACACAAAAUUAGGAGUCAUUUUGGACAAAUUUAGAGUACUUUGGGAAAAAAACUUUGAGUUGAAAGACUAAAUCUGGUUUUUGUUCAUGAUGAUUACACUAAUAAGUUAAACGUAACAAUAUAUUAAAACAUUUGUACAUCUGAGAGUAGAUACAAGUGGUUGGAGGUCAUUAAGCAUGACAGAAGUCUUUGUCAUGGUGCCCUUUUUAAACUAAAACCCUACAGUUGCCAACACAGAACUGCCUACCUCCUCUGGUUGCUGCAGUAUUAAACAGUAAGAGCUGUUUGGGCUAUAAAAUGGUGAAAAUCAUACCAAAAGAUGUUCAGUUUACAGGAGGUCCUUGACUUACAUCGGAGGUCCGUUUUUCCGUCGAUUUUCGCCGUAAGUUGGAACGCCGGCGAAAAUGUAAACAAAACCGUUCCGUGCAUCACAAUAUUGAUCAGUUCUUCAGAAAAGUUGUGAAUACCAACGACUUUCAUGCAUGUAUGAAUAAUUUUACGAUAACAGAAUAUGUUGCACUGUUUUUACAACUUGAUCUAAUAAUGCCGAUGUUGGUUGGUGUUUCUUCCUUUUCCCAGCGUUUUAUUCUAAUUUCACUUCCAUUGAGACGGCUGUCCUUUUCUUUGAAGCCUCAGAAGAGUCUGAUUUAUGCUGGGAGCCAUAAUGAAAGACAAAAAGUUAGUGAAUGUAGCACAAUCCAAGGUGGUGUACAACCAGAUGAUGGAAACAAAGCCGUCUGACAGCGCCGCGUGACGACGUAUUCAUCCGCUCCGCUCGCCAAAUAGUUCCACGUAACCAGUUCUGACGAAACGCCGAAACAUUGUAGGUCGAGGACAUCGGAAACUGAGGACCUCCUGUACUAUAAAUAAACCCGAGAAUAUUCACCAUCAAUUUAACAGUUGAUAACCAAUCGAUAAAUCGCCGCAGCGUCGCUUAAAACACAAUUAGUUUAGUUUUUAUUGUGUUUGAGUGUGCAGUAAAAUGAACAAUCAGAGGGGAAAACACAGAAAAUGUCCUCACAAAACUAGAAGUACAAAACACACACACACACACACACACACACACACACACACACACACACACACACACACACACACACACACACACACACACACACAGUCUGUCCUGAGUCUGAGCCGCCUAAUUCCUCCCAGCUGAGCCUCUCUGCAGCCGAACAUCUGUCCAGAUGUCCACAGCAGCAACAACAACAACAACACACUCCCAUGCUUCUAGUUCUGAGCACAUUUAAACACGAUGGCCGAAGAUCAAACUUUAUUUAAAAACCUCAGUACGACAAGAACAAUCACGUCUGUAAUCGAGAACCAUGGUAGAGCGGGUUGCACCAAUGAGGAUUCAGUUUAAACAAAAGUUGCACCUCGUUUAAUCUGAAAAUGACACGACUUUUAUUGGAUUUGGUGUUUUUUACUUGUCCACUAAGGACACCACUGAGCUCUGCAUUUUUCCCAUAAUUCCUCUGGGGGGUAGAGCAGUGUUUAAAAGGAGUCAGUUAGCAUUUAGCGUCUGUAGUGAGUCCAUUGAUGUGCAGAAAAAUGUCGCCGAUUAAGAAGGAUGCUGAUAAAUAAGUUAAAAACGGGAUGAUUUUUGAGCGACUUCUGCAGGUUUCUAAACAAGUUUACUCCUUUUUAGUCCCACUAAACGUCAUCGUAAUGGCAUCAUCGGGAAGUUUAAGCCACAUGGAGGCUAAAUAUUUGAAUUUCGCUUCUGUUUGUUUGGAUUUGGUAAAGUUACGACUCGGAAAAGAAAUGACUUUUGACAGAAAUUGAGCAUUUUUUGUUUUUGAAAUUAUUUAACAAAAAUAAGAAAACCAACAAAAAAUGUUUUACCUCAGAAUUUGGACAAUUUGUUGACAUUUAAGACGUUAUCUUGGACUCAGAGGGGAAUUAAUUGGACAAUCAAAAAAUAUAUCUGGUGAUAAAGUCACUGUUUUAGUAAAAAACACUUUUAUCUACUGCUAGGUAGCUUUUCUAAAAAGGUGUUUUUUUCAGUUAAGACUCGUUCCUUUCUUUAGUAAACUCACUAAAGCUGCAAUAACCAGAAUAUUUCUUGAUUAAAAAUCAAUUUUUUUGCUCUUGGUUUUGGUUUAACAGCAAACGGACACAGUUAGCCGCUAGCUGGGUUAGCAUUUAGCAGCUAAAGAGCCCAGUAUUUUCUUUGGGAGGCGGUGGAGACCAAAAAUGGAGCCAAAAAAGGGGAAAUGUUGGACUUUUAUUCUUGCAGCUUGAUGUGUUGCCCCCAGUGGCUAAAUUAACGUAAAAGUAGGUGUAUUUUUACCAUAACCAAACAAGGAUUUGGUAAAGUUACGACUUGGAAAAGAAGUGAUUUUUGACAGAAAUUGCGCUUUUUUUUGCGUGUUUUAUGAUUGUUGUUGACAUUUUAAGACUAUCUUGGACUCAGAGAGGAACUAAUUGGACGAUCAAAAAAUACAUACGGCGAUAAUAAAAGUCACUGUUUGCAGUAAAAACACCUUUUAUCUUCUGCUAGCUAGCAUUUUUAAGAAGGCUAAAGAGUCCAAUCCAGACCAAAAACGGAGCCAGAAGAGGGAAAAUGUAGGACUUAAUUCUUACAGCUUGAUGUGCUGCCCCCUAGUGGCUAUAUUAACGUAAAAGUAGGUGUAAAUCUAAGUUUAAACAUCAUCCUCUUUGGUGAAACCCAACCUUAAAAUGUUUGAAUGUCUAAAAAAAACUUAUCUAAUUAGCCAAACGUUUUUGUAACUUUUGAAGACUCUUGAAAACAAACAACGAGCCAGCGAAGGAAACAAGGAAGAAAAAAGCUUCACUUUGGUAGAAUGAUUUAACCUGUUUUCUUUCUUUCGGGCACAACAACAAACUCACUGAUGCUGCACAAAUAUUUAAAAAGUAAAAAAACAAACAAAAACAGCACCUCGUUUGUCGCCACAAACACUCAUAGAGCAUGGGGACGUGGGAAAGUUGUUCUACCAGCGAGAACAAGCUGUGAAGAAACCUCCGGAUGCCAAACUCUCACCUUCAACCUCCAGCAGCCAAGAAGCAAAGAUUGUUUUUAUGGAAUCUCACUCAUCUGAAGAUUGUAUAUCAUCGUUACUCAUAGUACUGCACCGCAGAAACACUACAAAAUAACCUGGGCGGACACAUUUAAAGUCAUUUCCUGCAACAGGUUUGGGUUUAUGGUGCAGGUUGAUGAUUGGACGGAUUGUUGUUUUAACAUCAGGGCUACACUCAGCUGAUCACUCGACUGUAAUGUAUUUCCUUUCAAUGAAUGUAAAGAAGUAAACAUUUACACCAAA